CGGAGCAGGCGCACUGGCGGUGCUCACUCUCGCCCCCCUCCCCGCCCUCCGCCUUCGCCAGGGCGCAGGCUACUGUCGGAGCGGGUGGCUGGGUUCGCGGCCCUCGCCCUCCCUCCUCUCCGCCGCGUUACCCUCUUCGCAGUCAGCCUCGCCGCGCUUUUCCAGCCCUGGCCUGGCCAGGCCCUGGCGGAGCAGACGGAGUUCCCAGACCACGAAUCAGAUCUGAGCCAGAAUUGCAACCUACGCAGCAGUUGCAUCGGCAAUACUGGAUCCUUUAACCUGCUGUGCCAAGCCGGGGAUCAAACCUGUGUCCUUCAGACUGCAGAGACGCUGUUGAUCCUGUUGCGCCACACACUUCAUGACUUCUGACUUAAUUUGUCAUUGAUAUCUUAACAAGCAUGGAGAUAAGAUUAGAAGUUUUGACUUCAACAAGUAUCAAGCAGAAAAAACCCUGGCCACGAGUCUCCUGGUUGGGACAGGAAAAUGAAGCUGUUUUUCUCUUGGAUGAUAAAUUCAUAAAUGAAAUUAAUUUGCUAUCAGGAAGGACAAAGAAGAAAAUUCCGAGUCUUCAGCCUUUGUUGAAGGAUGUUAUAGUCCUAACAACAUCCAGUAAUGAUGCCUGGCUGGCUGGGAUACUCACUACAGGAGAGCUUUUCCUUUGGAACAAAGAUCGAGAUUGUUUGAAAACUAUACAAGCAACUGAGAAGCCCAAGGAAAUGAUUAAAGCUGCAGUAGCAAGCUCUUUGAGACUGUAUUUGUAUAUAUCGGACAAUGGAAAAAGAGUUCUGCUUAUAACUCCUUUCGGAUGCAUAUUUCUCUGGGAGCACUUAGAUUUCAAGAAUAUCUUAUCUUCUAAAAGUCCUUUAUUGGUGGGCCAGUGGUCCCAGAUUAUACCUGAAGAAGCAGUUCAUUUGCCUUCCACUGAAGACAAAGAAGCUGUAGUACAUGGUGUUUUUAUAAAAAAUGAGUUAUUUGGAGACUGCUGCUUAUGUUCAUUUACUUUCUAUUCUGAGGAGUGCCUGAAGAUAACAUUUCUAGCAAUUCGGUGGCAUGAAAAUGUAUUUACACCUAUAAGAUCAUUGAUGUACCGUGUUCAGUGGGCACAACAAGAUUGCCUUCUGCGCAGUCUGAUUCCUAAAUGUGAAUCUGUGAAGUCAAGAGGAGCUCUAAUUUCUGCCUUUUCAAGAGAUGGCCUUACCCUGGCAGUAGCUGUUAAUCAGAAAGACCCAAAGGCCACUCAGGUAUUAUUUAUAAACACCCUGACAUUUGUUAUUCUCUGUGGUAGCCUUAAAGGAUGUAGUAAUAAGAAUCCUGUGGUUCCAGCUACGCUUAUCAGGUCCUACUGGGUAGGCGAUGUCAGCUGGACUCAUGAUAGUCUUUUUCUGGCUUGUGUGUUGAAACGUGGCUCCCUGGUUUUAUUGACCUGUCAAGGUGAAUUGUUAACAUUAAUUACAUUUGGUUGCUCUAUAGAAUUUGGGCCAGCAGAAUUUAUUCCCUUUCACCCAUUAAUAACAUACAGACCACAGCAGUUUACACUUCAAGGUUCAAAUAAUUCUGUAGAUUCAUCAGCUUCUGAUGCUGACCCUAUGAGGCAGAGAUUUUCUAUAAAAGCACACUCACGGUUACCCUACCUCAUUAUUUCUGAUGGGUACAUGGUCACAACCCUUCGAUUUCUGGAUAAUCUGUCUCCGUCAGUGCUCAUGAGAUCCCUUCUACUUGACUCAACCCAGAGGCUUGAGGAGACAUACCACAGUGUGCUCUUGUCUAAGCCAAAAGGCAAGGGGCUGAAUUUGCGAUCACUGGAUUCCCUAAGGUCUAGCUUGUUAAAAUACCAAGGAAAUGAAAAUUUAGCUGAUUCUACUGUCCCCAGAUUCUUGCAGGCAGAAGAAACAAUUAAGUUAAAUGAAAAAACAGCAGACUUGCAGGAUUUUGAAGCCGAAGAAACUAACGAAGGCAAACAUUUUCCAAACAGUUUAUUCUCUUUUUGGAACCAAAAAAAUGGUCUAUUGUUUAGUAGUGCCCAGGAGGGAAGAUUGGAAUUUGCUUCUAUGUUUGAUACAAUACAUGCAACGGAUAAUACUGAGGAGACAGAUAAAACGAUCACAGAACUGCAUUCAGUCCAAAAAAAUCUCCUUGCAGCAUGGACUAUAGGAAUUUCCAAAAAUGUUACAGACAAAAAUUUAAUGUUAAAUUACACAGUAGUUUGUAUCACUCAUUUUUUAUACAUUCUUCAGUUUAUAAAAUGUCCUUUCCCCAAACUUGAUCCUUUUUUAAACAAGAGCCCAAGACAUAAUGCAUGGGUAGUUUGUAUCUUUCAACUUUUUCGUCAGUGUUUAUCAAUACAGUUCUGGGAUAUGAGAUACAAACAAGAUGUGGGACCUUUGGUAAAGCUGACUUCAAAUACUAUAAAGCUUUUGCUGACACAGCAACAACAGGAUGAGUUAUUUUCAGAGAAGCUUUUAGCUUGUUUUCAUUUACUCAGAAUGGUAGCUGAUAAUUUAAAUGGCAUAUAUAGUCUUCAACCUGAAGUUAUUUCAGCAUCGGCUGAUGGAAGUAGAACGGCAGAGCAAGACUCAUUGAUAGUACCCAUUUUUCAAAUGCCUCAAGAUAGUGUUUCUCAGGAAAACCGGUCUUGGGACUCAUUUUUCCGGAUUUGUCCUCAAGUAUUAACUCUUGUUCAACAACCGGGACACAGAUUGAUUGCUCUCUGGAGAGUUUUGUACAGAAAAACUUCAUGGUAUCACGCACAGUUAAGUCAAAGAGUUCCUGACGAUGAUAUACAGUUAACCAAAAAGAUGGCACAAGAAGCAUCUACCGUCAAGUCCCUGCUAUGUCAUAUACAGGCCAAAUUACAGACUGCUGGAGUUCACUUGAAUCAGACCUUAGAACUUAAAUCUAUCCAUGGUGAAGAGUGUUUCCUAUUAGGAGCAUAUGAAAAGUCUGUUCAAUUGUGGAAGAAAGCACUACAAGAAACACGAGAGAAAGGAGGAAGAAGGACAUGUUUUCUUCAAGUACGCUAUUAUCUUUCCCUUUUAUACUGUUACCUCUAUAACUAUAAUUUAAAUGAUGCUCAAGGACUGUGUGAUCAGCUAGUAAGAGAAAUACUGAAAUGGUCCCAUCUACCUGUAAAAGAAAAUGAAGAUUGUUCAGUUCCCGAGAAGUCUCAUUGUGAGUUUGGAGUGACUGGAAGUGUUCGUCCUGAGGUGGCCGGGAGGGUUAUCCAGUCCAUGGCUCGCUUCAUGGCCGCCUAUUUCACCAAUCAGCCGCUUUGCAUUUUGCCUCCUCACAAUGUGAAUGUCCUUCCUCCCCUUCAUAUUAAAACAGAGCAGUCCUUUCGACUUAUUCCUCUGCGCCAGUCUAAGGUGGCCAGUGCUGUUAGAGAGCAGAACCUUUCUAAUGUCUGGACAGUUGAAUAUGCCCUUGAGUUAUUACUUAUUGGUGGCCUGGUUCCAGAAGCUGCUUGGUUAGCGCAUAAGCUUGGAGACUGGAAGACAUCUGUUUCGAUUGGUGUGGCCUUUCAACUGUUCUGUAAGCAUCAUAGCAAUUUUACAAGGUCCAAGAAAAAGGGUCUGACUCUACCAUUAAACGUGACUCCAGCACAUAUUUUCCAAGAAAAACUGCAGUGUUUUUUAGGUCAGCCAGCCUCUUUGGAAGCAAAAAAUGAAAUGGGCUCAAAAUACAAACAAUUUACAGAUCCCAUUGAAGAGGAAGAUGCAGAUCUGCUGUUUGGUUCUGUGCAGGAAGUACUGAAAGCGGCAGUUAUGGCUGAUGCAGACAUUCUCUCAGAGACCUUUCAGCUGCUGCUGAACUCCGCCAAGGACUUUAGUAAGAGACUGUGGGGCUUGGUGCCGGUCGGCUUGUAUCUUCCAGCUCCUCCCUUAUAUUGUCCUCAGCCAGCUGUUCUUAGUGAGGAGGAUGGUGAUGAUCUUUUUUUAAAAGCUGAAAAAGAUAAUCGCCAAAAGGUGUCUGGAAUCCUUCAGCGUGUUCUCUUGCUUUUCCGGGCAGCUCACUGUUCCUUUCCUGUAGCACAGUGGUACAUCUUGCAGUUGAGAUGGGCCAGAAAAGUCAUGCAAAAGAUUCGAAUGAAAGGAUCCCUUCCUUCAUUGAGUCCUUUCUCUCAGUCACUACUUAAUUACUGUAAAGGAGGAAUAUCAUUUUUUCGACCUGGAGCAACUGGAGACCACAAGCUUGAUGAAGUGUCCAUUAAAGCAAUAGGUUGCUUCAGAGAACUUUGUGCUUUGUGUUGGAUGCUGCAUAUCCGUGAUAAGUUAUCCUAUAGCUGCAGGCAGUAUCAGAAAGCACGAGAAAAUGCAGAAGGAAAAAAGGAUCUUGAGGUGAAGUUCGAUUCUUGCAUGGUUGAGCACUGUCUUAGCGCAGUGGAAUGGGCUUGUAGAAUGCUGCCCUUCUCUCGGUUUUCUAAUAUUGAGGAACUUAUUCAGGAUCUAAUUUUGAGCCUUAUUGGAGAACUGCCACCAAUCAAAAAGGUAGCAGAAAUUUUUGUGAGAGCAUUUCCCAAUCCUGAGGACAUAAGGGUUCCUUUAAGAGAAAAAUAUCACUCUCUUCAACAGAGACUCAGACACUGUGUUGUAAAAGGUCCCCAAACUGAGGAAAUGAUGUCAGUGAUUAUGCAUUCUUUCCAUAAAGUGAGGGUGAAAGCCUUAAAACGUGUGCAGAGAAAUAUAGGUUCUUUUGAGAUGAAUAUAUGGGAACCAUCUGAAGAAGAAAAACCGGCUGAGGUUCCAGGUUUUGACAGGUUUUCCUUGGGAACCAGUCUGAGCAGGAGCACACUCACAGACCUGGGGAAUUCUCUGGUCCACAGUGAUGCAGAUACAGCUGAGUCCUUCUCAGAAGCUUUGUCGGCUAAAGAAAAAAGUAGAAUACAUUUCCAUCAAAGAAAUGCCCCAAAUCAUAUGGAAUUAACAUUGACUGGCAGUCCCAAUGAAAAAAAGAAAAUAGAUAAUCAGAAAGAAAACCCUCAAAGAAAAGAAGAUCAUGAAAAGUUAUCACAAAAUGCACUUCCUGUAGUAGGUGUUUGGGAAUUUGAACGUGAUGAUGAUGAAUAUAUUAAAUUCCUUGAACUCUUCUUGAGUUACAUUAUUGAACGAGACCUACGUGGUUCCAAGGAUCCUGGCAUUCCGUUUCUAACUAGUUUUUCUGGACAUCUUAGAGAACAUGAGCUUAAUUCAUUAUUUUUUGAUGUGCAUACAACAUUAAAACGACGCCAGGGCAAAACCAAAAGCCAGAGUGUGUUUAGAGCUGGCUCCUGCUUUGUUGUUGCUCCAGCGUCAUCUGAGUCUGAAACAUCAGAAAAUCAGGCCCUUUCAGCUUCAGUACUGGUUAAUCAAGAGAUCAGGCCUUUUUUAGAGAACCCUUUGAAUAAAGUCAAUAAAAAUGAAGGGAAAAGUGGAUUGUUCGGUUUAAAACAGAAGUCACUUUACAGAAUACAAGAUGACAAUGCAGAGAAACCUUUAAUCCAAAGAUUGUCGAACCAUGGUUUUUUCACUCCCAAGUCUGCUGAAGCUAGAAGAUGUGUUUUCAGAGCAAUUCAGUGCAAUGAUAUUAACCCUCAAGAAGAUCUUCCUUUAUCACUAAAUAACAUAUUUGGCCAUAUAAGAAGGCUGUUGGAAUGGAUGAUAAGAUGGUCUGAUAGGAGAUUGCUCUGUGAUUCUGGUCUCACUGAGUCACGCUGUGAGUAUAGCCCCGUCAUUCGUGUAAAGACCUCUGCAGCUGCUGUUCUUACAUCAUUGUGGCUUUUGGAACAAACCUCUUUUGCUACAUAUGAGGCAAAAAAUGCCGUUACUAAGGUGCUAGAGAAAAAUUACCCUGAGCCUCAGAAUGGACCCAGUCUAGAGAGUGAUUGUAAAACAGAUGCUGGCUGCUGUGUGGCAGUGUCCACUCAAGGUGGGACUGGGGAAAGAAAUGGUCAAAAUGAAUCGUGUCAAAGUAUCUUGGAAAUGCCAGCUGAAGUAACAAAUCCCAAAAUAAAAGAAACCAGUGAUGAGAUCAUUUCUGUCACUGAUGAUACUGAAAAAGAAUUUGUAGAUAUUGAUGAGGAUCUUUUGGAAGUAGAAACAUUUACACAGGAGGAAAUGGAUGCAUACCCAUCAGAUUAUGAAGAUGAUGCCAAAGAACCUGUUGAAAGUAUUAAAAGUCCCAGUGUUGCCUUAUUCAUGCCGACUUUACCACAGCGUUUAGAUGAACAUUCCACAGGAGAGAUUCAGUGUGCAAGAGAAGAACCGUUGGAGUCAUAUAUGGAGAAAAAAUCAACUGAACUGAAAGGUAUGAUCGAAGGCUUUUCAGACCCUGAACACAUCAUUCCUCCUUUGUUUUGUUUAGAUACAAGUUCAGAAGCUUCUAGUGCCCAAAUCUCUGCAUGUAAAGAUAAAUCUUCCUCAGCUCCACCCUUGGUAUCAAAUGGAGUCAAUGUUGCCUCACAAACACCUGUGCCAACAACUCAGCCAACCCAGAGAGACGAACCUAGGGCACCGUUGUCACAUUCUUCUGAUUCCAUUAGGCAAAUGCUCCAAGAUGAAAUGUUCAAAUUAGUUCAGCUACAACAGAUCAACUUCAUGAGCCUAAUGCAAAUAGUAGGAUCAUCCUUUGCUCACCUCCCAGAUGUACAUCAACUUCUACAGCAGUCUCAGUCUGUGCAUUUGGUGGGAAGCCAAGUAUCAAACCCUACAGGAGGGAGUAAUGAUGCUGAAGACACCAGUAAAAAUCUGAAGGAGAGCUUUUUCGUUACACAACCCACAGGAGAGCACACCAGAGAACCCGGCAAGAAGAGCCCACAUCGCCAUAAAGAAACUGUUCAAUCUGACGAAAAUAGUAAUGGAAACGUACAGAAUGUCCCAGAUGGGAGUGUUCCUUUUUGUCAAUUAGAAAGCCAACCCCAGAAAAGAGGGCUAACUCCAGCAUCUCAGAGCAUACCCACCACUUCAUUGUCUCCAGCCCCUGCUGGAAAUACCUACUUCCACCUUUUGUUCCCAUCUUCUGCCCUUCCAAAGAUACCUAAACUUAUCCCAGUGGCAAAAACUCUCAGACCUGGUGAUGGUUUUCCUUUGCUUCAGUUCCAGCCUGAGCAUGAAUUCAAGUCCCCUUCCUUCCAUCCUGAAAGAGUGCCACAACUUCCCCCUGGUCCUCUACCACAGCCAAGAGAGGCUUGGGGGUCAUCUGAUUUAUUCCAGCCUCCUUCGUCAAAGAGAACAAUGGACACUACUUCAACAUCCCAUUUGAAUUCGAGCCCAUGUAAUACCGAAGCCAUAAAAGAAGCAGUUGAGCAGAAGAAAGGGGCAGAAACAGUACUUACAGAGAUCCCUAAGCAUGUGAACUUGGAUCAGUCUGUUGGACAAGAAAACCUGACACCUCAACAAGAUUCUGCAACCUUUAUAAAACCAGGAAAACUAUUUGAUGUUAAGCCAGGGCCCUUUGAGACACCACCUCAGAAUUCUUUUGGACUUCCGUUACUGCACCUGCAACUUAAAUCUCCUUAUGUAUUUUCCUCCGCCUCAAGAGCAUCAGUUACAGUUCCAUCAAUACCUACUAGAACUAUAGCAGAAGAAAGAAAAUGCCCAAGUCUGUCACUACUUCAUUCAUCUCUGUCCCUGGGAAAUGCGUAUGAAAAACCACAGCUUAUCCCACUUGAAAACCUCAUUGCAUUGAAACAGAGCCAACAGAAAUUAACACAUAAUUUAUGUGAACAAGGAGAUCCUGGACACCUCCAGCUUCUACAGGACAAAAUAAAAUCAUCUGAAUUGAGACAAGGAAAGGACAGUAAAAAAAGACAAAGACGACGGGCUGAAAAAGAGCUGCAAGAAAAAAAGGCAGAGAAAUUAAGGAGAAAACCAAGUGUGACUUUCCAACCAGAAGAUUCCAUCAUUAAUGAUAAUGAUUCAGAAAUAUUUCUGAAACCCAAGGAGCAAGAUGAACAUCAUGGUUCCCAGCCUUUGGAUGACUUUGACAUUUCUUUUGAAAAGCUCCAAGAUGAUCUUACUACUCCAGCUGGCUUGCAUUUCAUGGCCUCUGUUAAAAAAAAAGCUAUAGAACGUCAGGAUGCAAGUACAAAUACAGACUCAGAACAUGAGUCUUUGAAUGUUCCUCAACUUUUGUCUCCAGAGGUAUAUCUAAAUCUCAGACUUUCCACUGAAAUAUCAGAGAAACCUCUGUCACCUUCAUCAUCUGAAAGGCUUGGACACACUUACAUCAAUGUGAUUGACAUUGAAGCUGAUGAACUACAGGAAUUACCUGUCAGAGAAGAGUCUUCAGAUGAUAAUAUUAUCAAACAACAAAUUGAUCAUCUGGAAGUCCCAUCUUCUGCAGAAUUACAUUAUAUGGCAGCUUCCGUUACUAAUGCUGUUUCCCUGCACAACUUUAAGAGUCAAGAAUCUGCCAGUUCCACUAUGGAUUUAUAUUUUAAACCUGCAAAAGAGUCUCCAUCCUGUCUGGAUGGAAGAAGCUGGAGAGCAGGCAUGACAGAAGUGAAGGAGCCUGGCAUCACCUCACCUAUACCAUCAGACACACAGCAGGACAAAGAUAUGCUGAAGCCAGAUUUUCAGUUCAAAGAACAGAGCUCAAAGUCAGAUGCUGCAGAACUUUAUCCACUGUGGGAACUACUGCAGGAAGUCUCUGAAACUGACCCUGCACCUCGUCCUGCAGCUCGUCUUGCAGCUCGUCCUGCACCCAGCUCUACAGCUCGCCGACUAGAGCAUAUCACCUCAAAGCUUCAGAAAAUUGAUGAACAGCUGUUGGCAAUACAGAAUAUUGCUGAAAACAUAGAGCAGGAGUACCCCAGACACAUACUGCUAGACCAACAUUGUGUUAAGGUUGAACCUGUGAAUCACACUGAACUAUCUUCUGGUCCUGAAUCUGAGAAAACAUUGCCUUCAAAAACCAUUAGCAUCUCUGAAGAAGAAGAUCAGAGGGACAAAGAAGAAAUUUCAGAAAUGGAAACUCAUUCUAGUCAGAAAACCUGUGUGUUUCCUUCUGCUGAUUCAGCUGUCAUCCCUUCCAGGGACCAGAAUAUGACUUCUCCUGGUGCGAAUAACAGUGAUGAGUUAUUUGACAGUAUCUCAGUAGAUCCACUUCAGAUGAGUGAACUGACCGAUAUUGCAGACAUUAUCAAUGACCUUAUAACAAAAGAUGGAGUUUCCAGUGAAGAGCUCGGCCUGACGGAACAGCAGGCUAGGAGCAUCUCCAGGAUUCAGCCCUCCUCGGGUAGACGUCCACAGAGAACGGAGGAGGAGAGAAGAGAGAUUCAAGUCUGGAUGAAAAGAAAACAAAAAGAAAGAAUGGCAGAGUACCUGAAUCAGCUGGCAGAGAAGAGAGGACAGGAGCACGAACCUUUCUGCCCCAGGAGCAGACCAUUUUAUAUGACUUCCAGGGAAAUCAGGCGGAGACAAAAGAUGAAACACGAAAAAGACAGAUUGCUGCUCUCUGACCACUAUAGUCGUCGAAUCUCACAAGCAUACAGUCUGAUGAACGAACUGUUAGCUGAAUCAGUACAACUUCCAGCAACUGUACAGAAACCAUUGCCUAACAAACCCAGAACUACUCAGAUUCCCAGAAGGCAACGCUCCCUCUCUCCAAGAAGAGAGAAUCAACAUGGUCAUAAUUUUCCAAUACAUAGACCUGGAAAAACCAGAUAUAUAUCCAGCAAACCGAGUUAUACCCCAAAGGGGAGACCUUUUGGACACCCUCAGGGCUCACCCUGGCCACAUGGAACUGCUACUUUUACUAUACAGAAAAAAGCUGAUGGAGCCAGCGUGGUGGUAAGAAAGGCUAUGCCGUCUCCAGUUACCAUCCAAAAAGGCCCUCAUGCUCCAUGGCAUGGUCUGCAGUGCACAAAGAAUCACAGAGGUGCUGGGCUGGCACCGCACACCAAGCAGGUGUGUCUAGAGCCUGAGAGGGAGGAGAUGGUGGUGAGCCCCUGGCUGGUGCCUCCAGACAUCCGUGCCUUGCUCCGCAGGAGCCAGAGUUCCCUUCUGCAGGACUCUGUGGGCGGCCCAGACAGCCUGUCUGCCAGCACCGGCAGCAUCCUCAGCAAGCUCGACUGGGACGCCAUUGAGGACAUGGUGGCCGACGUGGAGGAUAAGAGCCAUCUGUCCACCGGCCCUGGACCGUGAGACCUGAGUGUCACUCUGCCUCCACACAAAGGCCAGCAGCUCCGUGAUGUCGCUGAGAGAGUUUGGGUUUCAGGGAGAGAAGCAAUGAAGUGAGGUGAAACUUACCAUCAGCAGGCCUAUCACCUGCAUUAGACAUUUCCAGAGGGAGAAUAAACAUUUCUCAGUAACUUUGCCUUCAGGGGGAAAGGGUUAACUGUAGAUGUAUUUUAUGUUUUUGCAUUUGACUUAUCUUUAGGUAUAAUUUUUAAAUAAUGAAAUAAAUGGUACCUUUCAACCCAAGUUUGUAUAAUAUUUAAACUACUUUCAAAUAAAAAAAAAACCUUCUA